AAUUUAAUCCACAACCUGUUUGAGUUUUCAUUCGUUUAUUUAUUUUGUUUGCAGUGAAAAUAGAAAAAAAAAACAACAAUUUAAAUGGCUCGCUACUUUAAAGAACAGGACAUCGAUGAAUUCCGCGAGUGUUUUUAUCUUUUCGCUCGUUCGGGCCAAAUAAACAAUUUGGACGAACUAACGGUCAUUAUGCGCUCCUUGGGCUUGUCACCUACUAUACAAGAACUAGUUUCGUAUCUGAAGCAAAAGAAUGGAAAAAUGAGUUUUGCAGACUUUCUGGACAUCAUGCACCAGCACUCUUCGGUGGAGAAUCUACCAGACGAAGUGAUUGCCGCUUUCAAAGCAGCCGAUCCACAGAACAAGGGCACAAUAUCUGCAAAACAGCUACGCAAUUUGCUGCAAAACUGGGGCGAGGGCUUGUCCGUGCGCGAGGUGGAUAACAUAUUCAGGGAGGCGAAUGUCAACAAUAAUAGCACCGUGCGCUACGCUGAUUUUGUGAAAAUAGCCUGUGCACCGGUCCCAGAUUAUUACUAGACCAAAAGCACCGUGCAGGCAGCUGGCAAACAAACGUGCUUUACAUUCCAGUACUUAUUUGAAAUCUUAUACUAAAACAAGCAUCCAUAAUGCAAUAAAGUUCACAACAAUCGUA